AUGAACCCUUGCUCGAGCGUGACGGAAGCUCUACGCCCUCCAUGGGAGUGGACUCAUCGGUGCGACCCAUCUCCGAAGGUCUUUCCCGCGAAAGCGAAGACGAGGGAAAGGUGA